AUGUUCUCGCAAAACAACAAGGACAAUUUUGAAGAUUCAGUUUCCAGCUAUGGAAAGAAAUCUUAUCUAAGAACGUUGCAACUUAUCAAAGAAAAAUCAUCAUCUACCACGCCAUCUCACGGAAACAUUGAUUUUGACACUGAACACACGACGAUUCUGCAAUAUUUGAAAUCUCAAGGAUUCAAUGCUGGAAGAAUGCCACCGAAUCCAGUUGUUACGGAUGACAUGAUAAUGGAAAACUAG